ACAAGCCUGAAAAUUCGCUCCCGAUAGGAAUCAAAACUAGGAUUUGAAGGUGCUACUCGAAAGUCCUUAACCGCUAGACUAGUGACCCUUUCGCUAGGAGUCAAUAGAAACUAUGUUUUUUAUGCUCUAACUAAAACGGCUCUGUUUCUCGACCGUCUUUUAUGACCAUUUGCCGUUUGGUAGACUGUGAGCCCGAGCUAGAGCGCUGAAAGAGCCGUGCCAAAGGCCCUAACAUUGAAAGACAAUGGUUACCAGUUGAUUUGAGCCUGGACCGUCACUGAUGGGCCGUUCGUAUCAUUCUGAGCCCGUCGAGUUCGCUUCUCGGGUCGUCGCUGCCCCGAGCUCAUGACAUGAGCGGCAGGAAGCAGUGGCUGCGCCGUCCCUCCUUCGCUGCUAGCCUGCUACUAUGAAAGUCCGCCCAAGUGGGUCACUCGUCACGCCCAUCUCAUUCAUUCCGUCGCAGGCUCGCAGUCGCAGCGCCGUUGCGGACGCAGCCACGCAGGCGCAGGAGGCAAGACGGGACCUCGCCCUCCCCCGCCUUGCCUUUGAGUGCUUCCACUCCACCUCAUCAGUCGCCGCCCCCGCCCCGCCGCGCCGCGGGCCCCUCCACCUACCCUCGGCGCCCGCCCUUCUUGGCCCAGCGCCCCUGCACAUCUGCCUGCCCCCCCUCGGCCGCCGGCGGCGGCGAUCGCGGGUAGCCGCCCCAACCGGCCGAGGUUGCAUAGAGGUGCUGGUAUCUUACUCUGCUUCUGGUUAUGCUAUCUGCCUAUGACUUCAGCUUCCCAAACUUCUCCCUGCUUCUUGCCCCUGGUUGGUAAAAAUCUGUAACAACUGCUGCCCUGACUGCAAAAGACGCAACUAUGCGUCUUUCUUCUUCUCUUCAAGAUUUGCCGACCUUCACCAGAAUUGAUGCUUUGGAAAGGGGUUCUAGCGUAGGCAGUGAUCUGAGCUCAGGGCGCCCAAAACCUGUCCGCAUGCUUCAAAGAGAUGGUGCCGUCGCAAGCUUUUCAAAAGAAAGAACACCCCCCUCAUCGCCGACAAAUAGAAAGAAAUGCAUGAGAGCAGCCGGGUGUGCUAUUGCAUUGAUCUUACUGGUGUUCUUUGCGUAUGGUUCAUGGAGAUAUUUUCAUGUGUUCCUCUCUGAAGGAAGAUCUGAAUACUAUGUUGUUCUUGAUUGUGGCAGCACUGGUACGAGAGUUUAUGUCUAUGAAUGGCAUAUUAAUCAUAAUGACGCAAAUGCAUUUCCUAUUGUUUUGAAACCUUUAGGGAAUGCUCCCAAGAAGAAAUCUGGUAAAUUAACCCGACUAUAUCAGCGAAUGGAGACAGAACCUGGAUUGAGCAAGCUCGUUCACAAUGAAUCUGGAUUGAAGAAGGCAAUAGAGCCCCUUCUUCAGAUGGCUGAGAAAUUGAUCCCUAGACAUGCACACAAGCACACUCCACUUUUUCUAUAUGCUACUGCUGGUGUUCGCAAGCUACCUAGUGCAGAUUCAGAGUGGCUCCUGGAUAAGUCCUGGGAUAUCCUGAACAAUUCAUCAUUUUUAUGUAGUAGAGAUAGAGUUAAGAUCAUUAGUGGCAUGGAUGAAGCUUAUUAUGGAUGGAUAGCUCUUAACCACAACAUGGAUAUGCUUGGCACCUCAUCAUCUAAAAUGACAUAUGGUUCACUUGAUUUAGGGGGAUCAUCAUUACAGGUUACAUUUGAGAAUGAUAAAUCAGUGCAGGAUGAGACAAGCAUUCGUCUGAGUAUUGGUUCAGUUGAACAUCACCUCAGUGCUUAUUCUCUUACUGGUUAUGGGUUAAAUGAUGCAUUUGAUAAAUCUGUAGCACAUCUAGUGAAAAGACUGGGAGGAGUUGCUAGCAAUGGCAAGGUUCAAGUCAAACAUCCCUGUCUACAGACUGGAUUCAAGGAAGAUUAUAUUUGUUCUUACUGCCAUCCAUUGAAACAAGAUGGAAGUCCCAGUGUCGGCGAGAAGAACAGUGGCAAAGAGAAGCAGGGAAUAGCUGUUGAACUGGUCGGAGCACCUCAGUGGAAUGAAUGUAGUGCUCUUGCAAAAGUAACAGUCAAUCUUUCUGAGUGGUCCAGUGCAAGUCCAGGGCUUGAUUGUAACAUCCAUCCUUGUGCUCUUGCCUCUAACUUUCCCCGACCAUAUGGGCAGUUUUUCGCUAUCUCUGGCUUCUAUGUGGUUUUUAAAUUUUUUAAUUUGACUGCUGAUGCGACUCUAGGUGAUGUUCAAAAAAGAGGUCAGGAAUUUUGUGAAAAACCAUGGAAAGUUGCAAAGAGUAGUGUUCCUCCACAGCCUUUUGUAGAACAAUAUUGCUUCAGAGCUCCUUAUAUUUCAUCACUACUGAGAGAGGGAUUGCAGAUUAAAGAUAGUCAGGUGAUAAUUGGCUCUGGCAGUAUUACUUGGACUCAUGGAGUUGCUUUGCUGGAGGCUGGUCAAGCAUUGUCUUCACGACUAGAUAUUCAAGGAUACCGAAUACUGCACAGGGAGAUAAAUCCAAAUAUUCUCAUAGUACUGUUUCUGAUUUCAAUUGUGUUGGUCAUAUGUGCCAUACUAUGCGUCAGCAAUUCGAUACCAAGAUCAUUCCGCAAGUCUUAUCUGCCAAUUCAUAGGCAUAAUUCUGGAGGCAGUUCUGUUCUUGGUAUGGGAUUGCCUUUCAAACAUUUAUUAUGGAAUCCCAUUAGUUCAGGUGAUGGUAGAACAAAGACACCACUGAGCCCUACUGUUGCUGGGUCAGAUCCUCAUCCAUUUGCAGGACUAGGAGGCAGCAGUGUCGAGCUUAUGGAGUCCUCGAGGCAAUCCUUGGGUGCCUAUCACAGCUAUUCUGUUGGGAGCUUAGGUCAGAUGCAGUUUUCUAGCGGGGUGAGGAACCCUAGCCGAGGUCAGACUACACUUCAAAGUCGGAGGUCGCAAUCAAGAGAGGAUCUCAGUUCUUCACUUGCUGAUAUUCAUUUUCCAAAAGUGUAGCACUGCAUCAAGGAAUGACUAGAAUGAGAUCCUUACAUGCCAUAACAAACUCUGUAAAUAAUAGCUCCAGAGUUCGAACUGCUUGAUUUCUUCUCUAAUCAGAAGUCAAUUUUGUCUGUCCGCUUACACUUCAAUGAGGUUUAGGAUUCAUAUAAAUGAACUUAUGACUUGUGCCUAUCCUGGACAUGAUACAUCCAUUCAUCCCAUUGUAUGUGCUCAAGAACAUACCAUAGCAGUGAAGUUCUGGUAGUGUACUGGAAGAUAUAUUUAUGCCGUUCACCAGACUGGUUGACCAUGGCUACAGCCUACAACUUUAUAGAUCGAUUGUGCUGCAAUCAGGGAUGUUAUUUUUUUGUAUCUGAGACAUAAUAAAGGUGCAUGUGGUCUCAUGUACUGUUGUACCCUCUAGGCUCUAGUGGCUCUGUGAGGUUACUCUUCUUUCCUGGAAUACCUUUUGAUAGGCUACUCUGUGGUAUCAACUGAAAUCAUGAAACACUGACAUCAGUUCUACUGGAUUAUCUAGUUGCGUACUGUGUAUACACAUCUAUUGAGUUUUUUUUGUUGGCAUAGUAUCUACUUUGAUGACACUGAAAAUCAGUAUAGGAACAUUUGGGCCAAUGUUUUUCCUCGUUGAGCUGAGUUUGAUCUGUAUUGCACAUUUGCUUGUGGAUCGUUUCAGGUUCCUUCGGCCGUUGUAUCCUGAUGGCCUAAAUUUUUUCUGAGAUGCUUCAGCUUGUGUAGGAAAAUUCGUUCUCAUAUCUUGCUCACUUGUCGACUCUAAAAUUUAGAGUCCACAUACGACCGAAGCACCCGCCAGCACGAAUCGUGACGCAGAUCAAGCAAACCCUAACUGCCAACCCUACUAUAUUUUUUUUUUCUUGCCCCUCUCGAUCCCGCCGCCGACGCCGACGCCGCAGCCGCAGCCUUAGCCUUGCCUUCGAACUCGAAGCCCGUUGCAUCCGGCUACCGCAGCGUCGCCAACCGUCACAGCCGGUCUCCUCCCUCCGCUACCAUGGGGAAGACACGCGGUAUGGGAGCUGGGCGCAAGCUCAAGACCCACCGCAGGAACCAGAGGUGGGCUGACAAGGCAUACAAGAAAAGCCACUUGGGCAAUGAGUGGAAGAAACCUUUUGCUGGAUCAUCUCACGCCAAGGGCAUCGUUCUGGAGAAGAUUGGUAUUGAGGCCAAGCAGCCGAACUCUGCCAUCCGUAAGUGUGCCCGUGUUCAGCUGGUGAAGAAUGGGAAAAAGAUUGCUGCCUUUGUGCCAAAUGAUGGUUGCCUAAACUACAUCGAGGAGAAUGAUGAGGUGUUGAUUGCUGGGUUUGGUCGUAAGGGCCAUGCUGUGGGAGAUAUCCCUGGUGUCAGGUUCAAGGUUGUGAAGGUAUCUGGUGUGUCGCUGCUCGCGCUCUUCAAGGAGAAGAAGGAGAAGCCAAGGUCUUAGAUCACUUUCGAUAGUCAAGAAUGGAGUAAACUGACAGGCUCUACUAUGGAGUAAACUGCCAAGGUUUUAGAUCACUUUCGAUAGUGAGGUUCAAGGUUGUGAAGUUUAGCGACAGAGCUGUUAAUUCUGAGCUGUACUUUUUGUUAACAUUGCUAUCGAGACUCGAGAGUUUUGUUCCCAUUUUGAAGUAUUAAUAUUGCAUCGGCAUGUGCCGAUUCUUACUGAGAUGUAUGUUUUGAUA